AUGGUGUGGGUUUUUAUCAUGAAUCGAAUGAGCUCCCAGAGCAGUUCAUCCACUCAACGUAGGCGAAUGGCUCUAGGAAUUGUCAUUCUUCUUCUUGUUGACGUGAUAUGGGUUGCCUCUUCAGAACUCACUUCUUAUGUUUUUACAAAGUACAACAAGCCUUUUUUCAGUACAUUUGCAAAAACAUCCAUGUUUGUUCUAUACCUCUUGGGAUUUAUUGUUUGGAAACCAUGGAGGCAACAGUGUACUCGUGGAUUUCGUGGAAGGCAUGCAGCUUUUUUUGCAGAUGCUGAAGGUUAUUUUGCUGCUUGUACAACAGAUAACACUGUAAACAGUUCUCUGAGUGAACCUUUAUAUGUUCCUGUAAAGUUUCAUGAUUUGCCAACUGAAAAAAAUGGCAGUAAUAAUAGUGAUGCAGAGAAAACUCCCAAAAAGCCUCGUGUACGAUUCAGUAAUAUUAUGGAGAUUCGACAACUCCCAUCAAGCCAUGCAUUGGAAGCAAAGUUGUCUCGCAUGUCAUAUCCAACGGUUAAGGACCAGGAAUCAAUAUUAAAAACUGUAGGAAAACUCACUGCAACUCAAGUAGCAAAAAUCAGCUUUUUCUUUUGUUUUGUGUGGUUCUUGGCAAAUUUCUCUUACCAAGAAGCUCUGUCAGAUACCCAGGUUGCUAUAGUUAAUAUACUGUCGUCAACCUCUGGGCUUUUCACUUUAAUCUUAGCUGCAGUCUUUCCCAGUAACAGUGGAGAUAGGUUUACCCUGUCCAAAUUAUUAGCUGUCAUUUUAAGCAUUGGUGGUGUGGUACUUGUUAACCUUUCUGGAUCUGAGAAAUCUGCUGGAAAAGAUACGAUAGGUUCCCUUUGGUCUCUUGUAGGAGCAAUGCUGUAUGCUGUGUACAUAGUAAUGAUCAAAAGGAAAGUAGAUAGAGAAGAUAAACUUGACAUACCAAUGUUCUUUGGUUUUGUAGGGCUGUUCAAUCUGUUGCUGCUGUGGCCAGGGUUUUUCCUGCUUCACUAUACCGGGUUUGAAGCGUUUGAGUUUCCCAAUAAGCUGAUAUGGAUGUGCAUUGUUAUUAAUGGCCUUAUCGGAACAGUUCUGUCAGAAUUUCUCUGGCUGUGGGGCUGCUUUCUUACCUCAUCAUUGAUAGGCACACUUGCGCUAAGCCUUACCAUACCUCUGUCCAUAAUAGCUGACAUGUGCAUGCAAAAGGUGCAGUUUUCCUGGUUAUUUUUUGCAGGGGCAGUACCUGUAUUUUUUUCCUUUUUCAUUGCAACUCUCUUAUGUCACUACAACAACUGGGAUCCAGUGAUGGUGGGAAUCAGAAGAAUUUUUGCCUUUAUUUGUAGAAAACAUCGAAUUCAGAGAGUGCCAGAAGAAAACGAGCAGUGUGAAAGUCUCAUUCCUAUGCAUAGUGUUUCACAAGAUGGAGAUAGUUGCUGUUCAUAGGUGAAAGUUUAAAAAUAGAAUGAUGAUGCCCAGCGAAAAGACAAUCUCCUGGAAAAGUCCCUAAGGAAUCGUGUUCCAGUGCCUAUUCUGAAUUUGUAGUAAAAAUAAGAAGUUUCAGUUCUUUUGAAACUCUAAACUUUUCCUCUUUCUUGCUUUCAUCUAGUUUUAUAAAUGAACAAAUUUACUACAUGUCUAUCACCAUAGGGAAUCAGUCUAUCAGAGCAACCAACCUGCCUUAUAACAGAGCUCAUGAAGUUACUUGACAAAAUCAAGAAUCAAGAAAACAAAUGCUGUUAAAGUGAUUUCCUUCUUUCUUUAACUCACAAUUUUGUUAAAUGCUGGACAAUAUUAUUUUUAAAAAAUACUUUCAAAUGAGUUAUGUAAAUGAGUUUGCAGGUCAUCAAGUGUUACAGGCUUUCAAAUGAAAAGCUGAAUAGAUGUUACCUGUAGUAGGUACAAAUUAACUUUCUAUGUUGUAUAAACUGUUUGCAUAUUAAUAGAAGA